CCGACCUGAGUCACGCCGAGGGCGCCGAGCGAGGCGCCGAGCCCUGAGCACCCAUGCUGCUGACGCUGGCCUGGGGCUCACUCUUCUUCCCCGGGCUCUUCGCGCUCUGCACCUGGGGGCUGCGCCGCGCGCGGCCCGAAUGGACCGGCUACGACUGCGUGAUGAUCAGCACCAGGCUGGUUUCUUCCGUGCAGGCUGUGUUGGCCACCGGGUCGGGGAUCGUCAUCGUCUGCUACUGUAAAAACGUGGUCUCCGACAGGCACUGGCUUGCCCGAGAAUAUGUCUGGUUUUUGAUUCCAUAUAUGGUCUAUGACACCUACGCCAUGUACCUCUGUGAAUGGUACCGAACCAGAGAACAGAACCGCAGAUACUUCCUCACCAUUUUUCGAAACUUCCUAAGUAAAAACCGCCUCAUGAUCACACACCACAUGGCCAUUCUGUUGGUCCUUGUGCCAACUGCACAGAGGCUUAGGGGAGACCUGGGGGACUUCUUUGUUGGCUGCAUCUUCAUGGCAGAACUGAGCACUCCGUUUGUGUCACUGGGCAAAGUUCUGAUUCAGCUAAAGCAGCAGCACACCCUCCUGUACAAGGUGAACGGAAUCCUCACACUGACCACCUUCUUUUCCUGUCGGAUUCUUCUUUUCCCCUUCAUGUACUGGUCCUAUGGCCAUCAGCAGAAACUAAGCCUGCUCCAAGUGCCAUCCAGGAUCCCUUUCUUCUGCAAUGUGGCCAAUGCCUUCCUCAUCGCUCCCCAGCUCUACUGGUUCUCUCUGCUGUGCAAGAAGGCAGCCCAGCUCUUUGACACUCCCUCAGCUGAAAAGGAUGGAUAAGUGCUCCCAGGAGCCAGGCAGUGAGGGUGCCUCCUCACACUAGCUGCCUCUUCCACUCAGUAUUCCACGGACCAAAUUGUGCCCUGGGUGGCCUCAGCCUUUUGGGUAUUGAUAAGCAGAUGGGUUUUGAGUUUUCCUAAAGAAUAUUGCUAUUACCUCCCUCUUCUAACCUGCCCCUUUUGCAAAAGCACUUUUUUCUUAGUAACAACUAUUGGAUCCUGUCAGACCUCCAUUGGCAGCAAGGUGGUUUUAGUGCAAGCCCAAGGAUCCUCCCUUGGGUCUUAUCUCAAGGGCUCGGGGAGGUAGAAACAUGGUGUGUGGAGACAGGUGGACCAGUAUGAUAAGUGUCUGAGCACCCAACUGGCCCUAAUAUUGGCGGCUACCCACCUUUCCAAACACUCAGGGCAAUAUCCACAUGAACUGGGCCAGCAGAAGCAAGUGAUGACUUGGUUCUUGAAAUAAUUUCUUAUGAUGUUGGUCUGGGAAAAUCAUUGUGGGUAGGUAGCUUUUUAUUGUUUACUAAAUAAUCCAUUGCCUCAUCCUUUCAUCUAUGUGCCAACAUUGAAUUCUCAUGUCUACUGACUUCCGAUCAGAAGUCUCAUUAGUGGGGUUCGGGGUGGCAGGAGGCAGGGAUAGGAACCUGAAGCACUUGAGUAGGUAGGGAGGCUAAUAGGUCAGCAUCUUUGCAGGCUGACUUUGUAAGACCAGUGUCAAACUUGUGAGUUUGUAUUGAUGCUUUCAGCCUCGUCACAAAUACUAUUCCCUUUCCCUUUUUAGCAUGUCCUUCCAAGCCCAGCUUUUCCUAUAUCCACACACACAGGAUGCUCUUGUUAAAAAUGAUAGGGGUACAGUGAAAAGAUGGCUACGAGCUACUUACUGGGUCACCCCACUCUUAAAUACUGUCCUUUUCACAAGGUGGAAAUGGACUUCUGUAUUCCAAACCAUGAGAAGUUGCAUUGCAACUGCCUCCUAGGCCAGAGCUUGUGGUCCAAAGCCUGUUCCAAUGUGAGUGCCCCACCAUUAGCCACAGAAGGCUGGGGAGCAAGAGUACAAGACAGCCCUGGCCAAAGUAUGUCCUGUGGACUGACUCCUUCACUACCAUUUGCAAGUGCAAUUCUCUGGUGCCAAAACUAGUCAUUCCUUAUCAACUAGGAUGGAUUUUAGAAACUGCUACCAUGAAUUUUUCAAGUGGUAGUGAAAAGCUAGAUUUUUAAAUUCCUUUUAAUUCUCUGUUGUCCAUUAACUUCUAAAGUACUGAGUACGUAACAGGGACUCAGAUUUUGACUAUUUCAAUCUUUAAUGGGUGCCAUUUUAAAAAAUGCAAAAUGUUAUUUUUUAUUGUUUUGUUCACUGUCAGUAUAUCUUGUGUAAAUCACCCCUGUGGUGAUUAAAUUGCACUAAUGUUUCCCAACUUAUUCUCAUUUGUGAAAUACAUUAAUACCAACUUCCCGUAAGACCCACCCCAUGACCUGACUUGG